GGAACUUGGCAUGGAGUGUUGACCGUCAUCAGUGCUGGUAAGGUCUUAGAUGUGGCUAUACUUUCAAAGUACAGCAGGUGUUCCAAGCGUCUUGAGAAGCAACAUCUGCCUAAUUGCUGUGCAAAUUAUCAGGGUACGAGUGGUGGCAUGGAGACUCAUGGUGUAACGCAACUGUGUCAAAGAUCAGAGGAAUUGUAUAAUGUGCGAUACAAAUACUAUCUAGGUGAUGGUGAUUCACCAGCUUUCAGUACAGUCCAAUCUUUGAAACCUUAUGGGGAUGACUGUAUCAUGGAGAAACUAGCAUGUGUUGGUCAUGUCCAAAAAAGAAUGGGAACAAGACAGCGAAAAUUGAAAAGCGAUAUGGGCAAGAGACAACUUAGUGACGGUAAAACAUUAGGUGGUCGAGGACGCCUCACUUUAGAUGCCAUCAAAACUAUACAAACUUAUUAUGGACUGGCUAUAAGGCGAAAUACCUCAAGCCUUGUCAGCAUGAAAAGAGCUGUAUGGGCAGAAUACUUUCAUAUUGCUUCAACUGAUGAAAACCCUAGCCACGGCAUGUGCCCAAAAGCAGAUGACAAAGAUUGUUGGUGCAAGUACCAAAAAGCUGUUGUUAAUAAGGAAGACUACAAGCAUGCUGAUCACCUUCACCUACCACAAGCUGUAAUGGAGGUAAUUAAGCCAACAUUUCGAGAUUUAGCUGAUGAGAACCUUCUCAAGAAAUGCCUUCAUGGCAACACGCAAAAUCCAAACGAAUCGCUAAAUAAUGUAAUCUGGUCUAUAAUUCAAAAGCGUUGUUUUUGUAAUGCUUAACACUCUUGAACUAGGAGUUUAUGAUGCAGUAGCACUCUACAAUGAAGGCAAUAUUUGUGCAAAAUUCUUCAGAAAUUGGGAAUGAAACCUGGUUUCAAUUGUGUCACCAUUAUGAAGAAAAUUGACAAAGCAAGAAUUUUCAAAGCGGAAAAAGCCAUGCAAGAAAUUGCAAAGAAAUGUCGACUGCGGAUCAGUUCAGCAAAAAGAAAACUUGAGGAUGCAUUUGAGGAAGAAGAGGAUCCAGACAAGCCAUCUUAUGGUGCAGGCCUGCAUUGACAUGUGUUUAUAGCAUCAAUUGUGCAAUUAAGUGGCAAUAUUAUUCAUAAAGAUGUCUUACUGAAUCUUUAACCCUUCAUUCCCGAUAAUCACAAUUUUCGACACAUAUUUUUCUUUUUCUCAGGAUCUACUGGGUUUUCUUUUUCACGCUUUUUUUUUGUUUGAUUCCUUGUACUCUUCUGCACACUUUAACACAGGCUUUUCUUGAUAAAUUGAUUUUUCAAAUUUUGAGGACACUUUGAAGUCAAUAUUUUUGAAAAAAAUAUUACCAAAUUGAAAAAAUUCAUAAAAAUACGAAUUUUCAAAAUUUUGGAAAACCCCCGAGUUAAAUUCAUCCUAAAGGUGUCAGGAACCUAACAAAACAAACCGGAUGAAAAAAGACCCAGUAGACUCUGAGAAAAAGAAAGUUGAAGUUGGAUAAAUUAACAUGGGCUAGCAUAGGAAGUCCGACUCCCCUUAAACAGGAAAACAUGACACAUUUUUGACAUUUGUGAACCCUCCCAAUGCACUAAAUGGGCUUUUUCUGCUAUGGAGGCCUCAUUAAUUUUCGAACCAUAACUUUUAAAUUAUUGACUCAAUUAUAUUCUUUUGUCUGUGUUAUUAAGUUAUUUAAGUCUUGUUUGUCCUUUGAGUAAUUAGUUCAUGUACAACUUUCUCACUCGACUUCUUUUUUGCAAGCAUUGUUUUUUAGUUAAGAUAGAAGUGCAGUUCAAUUUAUUCAUUUAUUUUCUGUGAAUGUGAUUUGUUUGUUAAUCCAUUGUGUCAGGCAAUUUAGAGUCUUCACAGAAAUACAAUUUUGUGUUCUUGAAA